UUGUCGAUGCUAUUAUGAGUGUCGAUUAGUCGCUCAGUUAGCGAUUGUGAACGGUUUUCAAUCGCUCAUCUUUCGAUUGUUAUUUCUGAGUCGCUGGAGUUCUCGUCUACAAAAUUUUUACAAAAAAGUGGUACUAUAAUGGAUAAAAAAUCAAAAAUUGUAAGCAACAAAAGGCAACUUGCGCGGUUGGUCGAGCUGAUGCAGGAGAAUGAGGACAUUGGUAUAGGAAUUUGCGGAAAGAGUAGGGCGAAACCAAGAUGGGAAGCCAUUGCAGUGGAGCUUAACAGCUUGGGACCACCAAUGCGUUCUUGGGAAAAGUGGUUAAAGGUUUGGACAGAUUUAAAGAGCAAAACAAAGAAGAAAGUAUCAGAAAAUAGAUCGGAGUUUCGUGCAACUGGAGAAGGCCAAAACAACCUGCAUACCCUUACGCCACUAGAGGAAGCUGUAGUCAACUUUUUAAAGUACGACAUUUGUGUCAAUCCUCCAGGGGAAGAAAUCGGAAGCAGCGCUUCAAGAGCUCACUCGGUAGAAAUCAAUGAGCAGGAAAAUUUCUUUUGCGAAAUUAUAGGGGAAGCCUUGGAAGACUCAGAUACGCGAGGAACCCAAGAAUGCGAAAUAGAACCACAGCGUAUUUCCAAGCAAAGAAAAAAUAAUUGCGAUUCAAAGCAAAAAAGAUUGGUGUUGCUUGAAAAACAAGUACAACGUCAAUCGGAACAUUUUGAGGCCAUGGAAGCAAAUGCUAAAGAAAUAAAAUAA